AUGCGCAAUUAUGUGGAAAAUAUGGCAUUGUGGGCCGAUAUCACAGACUGCCAAAGACAUUUUGAAGUUGAAGUCCCUUUACGAGCAGUCCAGGACUCCGUCCUAUGCUUUGCCAUCUUUGCCUUCUCCUCUCGACAUAUGAACCGACAGAGAAAGAGUGAAGCAGCCGAGGCAUUGCAGUAUCACAACAGAUGCCUUCAGCUAUUGAUUCCUGUUCUUUCGGAUGUGAGGGACAACAUUACCGACACUGUUCUUGCCGCGGUCGCAAUACUUCGGCAGCACGAAGAGAUGGACAGCGAGGACAAUCAAUUCCACCUUACAGGUGCAACUCAUAUUCUAAAUACAGUGUCCUCGUUUGGAUCAUCCGGGGGUCUAGGUGAAGCAGCGGCAUGGUUGUGCCUUCGCGAAGACAUCCACAUAUCCAUAACAUCUCAAAAGCCACUACGAGCUGACCUUGGAAGCUUCAGAAACUCAAAUGUUUUCCUGAGAAAUGACGAUUUUGCUUGGGCAAGUCGAAUGGUAUUCUUAUUGGCCAAACUUCUCAAAUGUGCAUUUAGUUACGACUCGGCGACACACCCGACUUUGCUGCAGCGUGCAAGCGAAGAGAUUGAGCAUUGGUAUGCUGCUAAACCGCGCACGUUCGAGCCCACUCAAUUUACUCCGCGGAGUCGAGAAACUCCUGACCGGUUUCCGGGCAUCUGGAUGUUACUACCAGUUCAUGUGAUCGGUGUCCAAUAUUAUCACAUUGCGAAAAUUAUCCUGGCCUUCUCGUGCUGCCCAAAUCCAUCCCCUGCAUAUGAGGUUUUCAAAAAAUCUCGCCAUAUCGAGAAAACCGUUCGGAACCACCUUCUCACCGUGCUCGGCCUGGCCAAGUCCAAUAAAAAAGCCGAAAACACCCUUUUUACUGCACGCCAUAGUUUGGUAGCGUGGGGCUGGGUUCUUCGCUAUAAACCAGACCAAGAAGCCGCGGAAGGUUUGUUAAUUGACAUAGAGAAGAGGACUGGAUGGGAUGUGGGCCCCUCGAUCCAGUCAUUGCGACAGCAAUGGUACGAUGAAUGCUCGGACGAGUAG